AUGGCAGAUGCUAUGAAGUCCUCAUCUAGGCCCCAAUAUUGUCAAGAAGUUUCCUGGUAUCCUCAGAGCUACAGAUGGCCCAGUGUAAUCUUUAACCAACACUUUGGCCUAGCACCCUUAUUGAACCCCAGAGACCUUAGCUGGAUUGAAGACAUCAUCAGAAGGCUGGGGACAUCUGCCUGGCCUGGGUACUUGCGAACAACUGUUCUCAGUCCCUUUACUCAGGCCCCAGGACAGAAAAUCUCCAAGCUGCACAGAGAAAUGAGUGGAGGGAUGUCGGAAGUGGCUGGUGAGACCUGCAAGUGGAAAAUAAGUUUGGAUGUCAAUCACUUUGCUCCCUCCGAAAUUACGGCAAAAAUACAGGGUGGAUUCUUGGAAAUUGCAGGAAAGCAUGAGGAGAGACAAGAUGAGCAUGGCUACAUUGCUAGAUGUUUUACAAGAAAAUACAGGCUUCCAGUUGGCGUAGAUGCUGAAAAUGUCCAGUCACUUGUUUCUGUGGAUGGCAUUCUUACUGUGGAAGCACCAUUAAUCAGCAUUCCCUUCCCUGCUGAUGUCAUUAUCCCCAUCCAGGUAUUGAUUGGUCCUGGCAGCAGUUUCAUUUUUAAACAUAGAAUAAACUUAUUAAGAAAAAGAGUGGAGGCACACACCAUUGGUGGAAAACAACAGAAUGGUGACAAGCCCCAAGAUAGUGUUGAAGCCGAGGAGAAACCAGAGUCAUUUGAGACCUCAACUGUACCUGGAGAACAUCUCGAAGAUGCUCAGGAACCUGAGGGAUGUCCUGCAGACCAGAAAACUGUAUCUGAUUCUACCAAUCAUGAAGCAGACCCAUCUGGAGAACCACCAGCUCAAUCCAUCACAGAGCCAGCACCAGGUACAUUGGAGUCUGGAAGACUUGAGGUUGAAGAAUCCAGAGAUAUCAUUGAAGAAGGAGUAUUUCAAGAGGAAGUUGAAGACAUCGAGAAAGCCAGAGAGGAAGUCCAUGAGUUUGCAGACAAGCCCCAGGCUCAAGAAACUCCAGAUACAGUCAUCUCGGAGCAAGCAGAGCAGGCAGAGAUUAUCCAGAAUGAGCAGCCCCUGGAGCUGAAGGGUGAAGGUUAUACAGACCCUGCUGUGACAGAAGAUGAGCAGUCAACCUUUGGGCAAACCCAAGAGGUGUUCGACCCUCAGCUGGUGCUCCAAAAGGAAAUGGAUGUAGCGCACAUGAAAGUGACCAAGUAG